CAAAGGCUCUGCGGUUGUUUGUGUUUCAAUCUGGCCUAGAAGCAAGAAAUUCAAGUCUCCAAUUCCAGGUCUCCAAAAGACUGUAGAACGUACCCAAUCACGCCAAAUGCCACCUCGAUCGAGUGAUCACCACAUUUGAGAUCAUGCAAAAUACCUUUCAUUCUUUUGCUAAAUUGUUAAAAGGCAACUGGUAAAACGCUGUGUAUGUAGAUGAUGUCAGACAGUGGUGGUAUGCGGAUGAGUAAUGAGAAGAUUACAAUUUUUCAAAAUGAUCAUGAAUAGCUGCUCAAUGUUCCGCAUUGCUAAUUGCUGGCAAGGUAGUAAAUGGGCAAUUAAAUCGUUGAUUCUCAGUUUGACCCAAGACCCAACUCUUUAUUUGUUGAAAUUAUACAUCAAUUUUAACGUAAUUAACGGUCAUAUUGUUAUGAUUAGUAAUUUGAGGGUUUUGUUUGCUUCACGCCCUCUAUUAGAUAUCAAGGGUGACUUGGAUGGUUUUACGGUCACACACACACACGAGUUUCUGCAAGACCGGACGUGUUUCAUUUCCUAUCUAGACCAUUCCCGACUAUCCGUUUACACGACAUUUAAAAUAAAGUCUAUAUUAAGCAUGUAAACGGCGGUCCCGUGGUACAGUCGUCAACUCGAACGACUCAAUAACAUGCCCGUCAUGGGUUCAAGCCUACAAUGAGCCGUUCCCCCGUAGCAACGACUGACUAUCUGGCUUGCAUGGUAAUGCAUUAAGUCUCGAAAGCCUGUAUAGAGGCCGGCAUGUCCUCGUUGGACUUUACGCCAAAUAGAAGAAGAAGUAUGUAAAGGAGACAGCAACGGGGUUUGCAAAUUCCCAGACAAAACAUUUUAAAAGAAGGACAUUCUUCAUCGCGACAAUUUCAUCAUUCAUGUCCAGGUGGAACAUUUUUCAACCCAUACAGUACCUACAGUCCACUACUAUCCUUUCUCCCUCUGUUAGUACACCACCGGUUGUCCCAAGCAAUCCAAUGCAUACUAGAUGGGGUGUAGUUGUGUGUAUGGGUAGGAGUAGGUGCCAUUAUUACUGUUUUCCGUGCUUUAAUUGCCGGACCGAGGGGGGAGACGUGCGGUAUCGUGGGAAGAAAAGGACUCGCGGCGGAGUUUAAAAGUAUAAGCCAUGCCACGAGUCCUUCGCAGUCGUUGCUAGGUGUGCCUGGAAGCAGGACGACGAUCACGUGCUCUGAGCGUAUCUGGCGUGUUUCAACACACCUGUGCUUUGUUCUUUGGACGACGACGAGUUUUUUGGACAACUUUGUGGUGAUUUUGGUGUUGAAGGAUGGCUCCCCUGAUUUUGUACCACUUUCCGGGCUCACCACCGUCCCGGUCGGCUCUGCUUGCAUUGCGCAAUUUGGAUCUGGAUGCCGAGGUGAAAAUAGUGAACCUGUUCGCCGGUGAGCAUCUGGCGGACGAGUUCGUUGCGAUCAACCCGGACCACACCGUGCCGACGCUCGUCGACGAGGACUACAUCCUGUGGGAGUCGAAAGCGAUCGCCACGUACCUGGCGGAACAGUACAAGCCGGGCUGCACACUCUACCCGUCCCAGCCGAAAAAGCGCGGGCUCAUCAACCACCGGCUCUACUUCGACUCCGGCACACUGUUUGUGGCGCUGCGCAACGUGCUCAUGACGGUGCUGCGCUCCGGCGAGACGCGCAUCCCGCAGGAAAAGAAGGACGCCGUGUACAAGGCGCUGGAAAAGCUCGACUCCUAUCUGGACGGGUGCGAUUGGAUUGCGGGCGAGGAGUGUACGCUGGCCGAUCUGUGCGCGUUGGCGAAUGUGGCCACGCUGAAGGAAAUCGGAGUGGGGAUGGAGGGCUACGCCAACGUUAGCGGCUGGUACGAACGGUGCCGCGAGCUGCCCGGUUUCGACGAGAACGAGGAAGGCGCUAGCUUCCUUGGAAAUGCGUUCAAAUCGAAGCUCGAGGAACAGUUUUAGGGGUGGGGAGAAGGGAAAGGGUGGGGCGCAGUAGAAGCAUUUGUCACACCAAAACGGGAAGAGUAGCCGUCGAGCUGAGCGGCGUGCACGAUUGCACUUUCGCAAAAUUGCGAUUGCAUUUCUUAACUAACACACCACACCAUCGUAAACGGUAAAAUAAAGUAGCGCGCACUGAUUAAAAGCACCGAA